AACAACAACAAAAAAGACUGAGGAGGAGGCCAAGAGGAGCGGAAAGGGUAACUGAGAAGAAUCAUAAGAUUUCAUUCAUUUUUCAUUUCUUGAUUUAUAAAAAUUCAAUCAAAGAAAGAUGUGGAGAAGAGCUUGUUCUUUAUCAAAACCAUGGAGAUCUGCCAUGAAUCAGAAUCAUCGAGCAGUUAAUUCAAUCUCUUCGACUACUACGAAUACCUGUUCUUCACCGUUCAGGAGGACAUCUUAUCUUUUCUCUACUCAAGCCGAUUCAGUAUCAAAAGUGGGGAAAACGGUGGAAGAUAUAAUGCCAAUUGCAACUGGUCAUGAACGAGAAGAGAUUGAAGCUGAUCUUAAGGGAAUUGAUUUGUAUGCAAUGGAUCAUCCUGAAGGUCCUUUCGGUACCAAGGAUGCACCUGCCAUUAUACAGUCAACCUUUGACAAAAGAAUUGUCGGAUGCCCUGGUGGUGAAGGCGAAGAGGAGCACGAUGUUGUUUGGUUUUGGCUGGAGAAAGGAAAACCACAUGAAUGCCCUGUCUGUACUCAGCAUUUCGAGCUUGAAGUAGUUGGCCCUGGAGGAUCUCCUGACGGUGGGCAUGAUGAUCACCACUAAUGUGCUUGUAUUUUCUAGUUUCGGCGAGAAGAUGGAAAUGUCUUUUCUUUAUUUAAAGGUCAUACAUUGAAAUUUCAGAAGAGUUUUGAAGUUUUUCUUUUGCGUUCGACGCCGUUAUUGUCGGUGGUAUUUUGUUUUGAUGGCCUGGUUAUCCAUUGGACCAGCGGGAACUUUUCUACAGCCUCAGCUUCUUUUUCAAUGCUAUUUUGAAUAUGGCUCAGUUUUUAUUCAACAUUUAUAUUUUCACUUGACAAACUUGAGUUUCCAGGCACUUUUCCCUUGUGUUGUUUACUUUUUAGCUGAUUCUGCAACAUCAACCUUUAUGUAGCAUUGUUAUAAAUGUUUAGCUCAAAAUAAUCAAGCUUCGUGAAAAUGCAAAAUUAA